UUGGGAUUUAGGAAAGUUUUCAUUACAAAUUCCCAUCUCUUGAGACACAAGAGCACACACACAGGAGCGAAACCCUUUAAAUGUCCUAUCUAUGCGGAAAGUUUCAAUCAGAAUUCCAACAUGAUGAUACAGCAGAGAACUCACACAGGAGAGAAACUCUUUGAAUGUCCGGAUUGUGGGAAACAUUACAGUCAGAAUUCUCACCUGGUGAUACACCAGAGGACUCACACAGGAGAGAAACCCUUUGAAUGUCCGGAUUGUGGGAAACAUUACAGUCAGAAUUCCCACCUGGUGAUACACCAGAGGACUCACACAGGAGAGAAACCCUUUGAAUGUCCUGACUGUGGGAAAAGUUUUAGUGAUAAUUCCAACCUGGUGAAACACCAGAGGACCCACACAGGAGAGAAACCCUUUGAAUGUCCUGACUGUAGGAAAAGUUUCAGACAAAAUUCCCACCUAUUGAAACACCAGAGGACUCAUUCAAGAGAGAAGCCCUUUGAAUGUCCUAUUUGUGGGAAAUGUUUUAGAGUUAAUUCCAACCUGGUGAAACACCAGAGGACUCACACAGGAGAGAAACCCUUUGAAUGUCCUGAUUGUGGGAAAAGUUUCAGAGAGAAUUCCCACCUGGUGAUACACCAGCAAACUCAUACAGAUGAGAAGCCCUUUGAAUGUCCUAGUUGUGGAAAAGGUUUUAGUAAUAAUUCGAGCCUGUUGAAACAUCAGAGGACUCACACAGGAAAGAAAACCUUUGAAUGUCCUAUUUGUGGGAAAAGUUUUAGUCGCAAAUCCACACUGGUGAUACACAAGAGGAUACAUACAGGAGAGAAACCCUUUGAAUGUCCUGACUGUGGGAAAAGUUUUAGCCGCAAUUCCACACUGGUGAUACACCAGAGGACUCAUACAGGAGAGAAACCCUUUGAAUGUCCUCUUUGUGAGAAAAGUUACAGUCAGAGUUCUGACCUAGUGAAACACCAGAGGACUCAUGUAGGGGAGAAACCCUUUAAAUGUCGUGACUGUGGGAAAAGUUUUGGUCGCAAUUCCAACCUUGUGAGUCACCAGAGGACUCACACAGGAGAGAAACCCCUUGAGUGUCCUAUCUGUAGGAAAGGUUUUCAUGAUAAUUCCAACCUGGUGAAACACCAAAGAACUCACACAGGAGAGAAACCCUUUGAAUGUCCAGAUUAUUGUGGGAAAAGUUUCAGACAGUAUUCCCAUCUGGUGAAACACCAGAGGACUCAUACAGGAGAGAAACCCUAUGAAUGUCCCCUUUGUGGGAAAAGUUUUAAUGAUCAUUCCAACCUGGUGAUACACCAGAGGACUCACACAGGAGAGAAACCCUUUGAAUGUCCUGAUUGUGGGAAAAGUUUCAGACAGAAUUCCCACCUGGUGAUACACCAGAGGAGUCAUACAGGAGAGAAACCCUUUGAAUGUCCUAUUUGUGGGAAAAGUUUUAGUAAUAAUUCAAGCCUGGUGAAACAUCAGUGGAUUCACACAGGAGAGAAGCCCUUUGAAUGUCCUAUUUGUGGGAAAGGUUUUAGUGAUAAUUCGAGUCUGGUGAUACACCAGAGGACUCAUACAGGAGAGAAACCCUUUGAAUGUCCUCUUUGUGGGAAAAGUUUCAUACAGAAUUCUGAUCUGAUGAAACACCAGAGCACUCACACAGGAGAGAAACCCUUUGAAUGUCCUGACUGUGGGAAAAGUUUUAGUCGCAAAUCCAACCUUGUGAGGCACCAGAGGACUCACAGUAGGAAAGAGAAACCCUUUGAAUGUCAUGAUUGUGGGAAACAUUACAGUCAGAAUUCCCACCUGGUGAUACACCUGAGAGAAAUCGUUGAACUGUCCAGUGUGUAGAUAUUAUUUCAAGUAUAAAUCAUAACUUAUUGCACACAAAUAUGAGGAAAAAGUAGAUGAGUUUAGAGAAUUCUGGAAUUUCAUUUGUGAUCUUCCAUUGAAUGUGUAUUUGAGAAAUUGAUAGCUCGCAUUUUGUUUGAAAAUGGAAGCAUUUGGUCACUCAAAUCUUGAAAAUUUUUUAAUGUAUAUAGAUAUUUUGAAUGUGGAAGGGGAACCAAAAACUAAACAAGAACUACAAAAACAGGGUGUUGAUUUAUCAUGGUGGCCACAUAUGCAGAUGCAAUCAAGAUAUGAGAAAGAUGUUAAGAGAUAUAUGGCUUUUAUAAAGAGCAAACAACAUUUGAUCAUAUACUGUUAGUGGUAGAUGAAAUGUUAAUGAAGAAAUUAUAUUAUUAUUAUUAUUGUGGAAUUAUUACUUGUGGAAGCAGCUGCUAUUUUGCCACACUGUCCACACUGAUAAUGCAGAAGAGGGACAAACCUCUCUGUUUUGCUACCUUAACAUGAGGAAAAAAUGUACAAUAGAAAAUGUCUCAUUUU